CUUUACUUUAUUCCUGAAGAAGCAGCAUAUCCACUCUGUACCAUUCAAACAUGGGAGGCAUUAACAACAACAAACUCGAUUUGUGUCAGCCUACCCCAACCUACGACAAUACUGAGGAGCUCAGGAUCGUGAUGGUGGGGAAGACCGGAGUCGGGAAGAGCGCUACAGGAAACACCAUUCUGGGAAAACAGAUCUUUAAAUCAGAGUUAGCCCCUCAAUCUUUGACUAAAGUCUGUAAAAAGGCCGUUGGGGAAGUGAACGGGCGAAAGGUUUCUGUUAUUGACACUCCGGGUCUGUUUGAUACCGAUACUGACCAAGAGAUUACCAUUGGAGAAAUAGCCCGCUGCAUGGUGUAUGCUGCUCCUGGACCCCAUGUCUUCCUGAUCGUCGUCCAACUGGGCCGACACACAGAGGAAGAGAAGAAUGCAGUGCUGAAGAUUCAGGAAGUGUUCGGAGAGGAAGCAGACAGACACAGCAUGGUGCUCUUUACCCACGGUGACCGGCUGAAAGGGAAACCUGUUGAGGAGUUCUUGAAGGACAGCGGAGACCUGAAGGAACUCGUUGAUAAAUGUAACGGCAACUACCACGUCUUCAAUAACGAGGCGACGGAUCAGUCGCAGGUCGACGAGCUGCUCGACAAGAUCAGACGCAUUAAGCGGAAGGACGGAGGAAGCCAUUACACCACUGACAUGUUCCAGAUGGCAGAGAAGGCGAUUGAAGAGGAAAAACAACGAAUCAAAAAAGAGAAGCAAGAGCAAAUGCGCAAAGAAGAGGAGGAACUGACGAAGAAACUGAAGGAAAAGUUUGAUCAGCAAAUGAAGGAAGUGAAAGAUGACAUGGAGAUGAAGAAUAAGUUAAUGGAAUCUCGUGAAAGAGAAACUAAAGAAGCAAUGGAAGAAUUGAGGAAGCAGCACGACAUUGUGGUCCGACGACAGGCAGAGAACAGCGCCUCAACAUGGGAAAUGAUAAUCAAGAUGAUUAGAGAUGCAUUGGUGACCAUCUUCUCCAAAUGAAGUUUUCGGCUUCAUGAUGCUGGACUGCAGCAGCCUUAAUUUGCUGUUGUGAAUUAUUCAUUGUCACAUUCCAGUUUGGGGUUUUUCUUUUGGGCCUGAUUUGUAAUAUUAACAUUCACUCAAUAAGUAUUCAAUUAUAUAGAAAUGUCAGUCACUUUUGAUUUUAUUGUGUGAUAUUUGUUUUCCAAGAUGCAGAUGAAUUAUUUAGGAGCAUUGAAAUGUUUCAUAUGAGACUAGGAAUGUAUUUUCAAGAUCAUUAUGUAAGAGACCGUAUCCUAGACAUUAUGGUAUGUUUUUUUAUACUAGGCAUUGCGGUAAGGGUUUAUAUACCAGGCAUUACGGUAAGGGUUUAUAUACCAGGCAUUACGGUAAGGGUUUAUAUACUAGGCAUUACGGUAAGGGUUUAUAUACUAGGCAUUACGGUAAGGGUUUAUAUACUAGGCAUUACGGUAAGGGUUUAUAUACUAGGCAUUACGGUAUGGGUUUAUAUACUAGGCAUUACGGUAAAUGUUUAUAUACUAGGCAUUACGGUAAGGGUUUAUAUACUAGGCAUUACGGUAAGGGUUUUUAUACUAGGCAUUACGGUAAGGGUAUAUAUACUCGGCAUUUAUUAUGAUCCAAAACAUUCUAUGUGGCCAGGAAUUGGAUUAUAACAUGACAUUAUUAUAAAACAUACAUACAUAUUAUAAUCUGUAUUAUAGUAAAUGUGUGUAUUGCCAUAUAUUAUUCAGAAUAUGUUGCUCAGGUGAUCAUGAAAUAACAAUGAAUAAAUGGGUUAUGAAUGUGAAA